AUGGAUUCAACAGCGAAGACAUUUAUGAGUAAAGUCCAGGCAUCAGUAAUUAAAGUUCCGGAUAAUGAGUUAAUUUCUUUUCUUCAACAAUAUAUAAGAAGAAAGAAGAAAUAUUAUGCAAUAGUUGAAUUUAUACAAUCAGGAAUGCAAAAGACAUCGGAAGAAAUGGAAAGAAUUAUUGAUAAACAUCAUUUGAGACAGCAGGAUGGAAACUAUGAUAUGAAAAGACUUACAAACUACAUUCUCUCAAAACUUUCAAAAUAUCCGUUCAAAAAAUAUCCAUCAAACACUUUAUUAGUUUGUGAUGAUUUCGCUGGUAAAGGUUUAGUUUCAAAACCAGAUUCACCAUUAGCUAAUUUAAUAACGAAAGUCAGACAUUAUCACAUGACUGUUGCAAUACUUAUGCAAACGUGGAGGUUUUUAGCAUUAAAUAUUAAACGUUUAAUUACUGAUUUCGUUAUAUUUCAAAGUUUCUCAAAAUACGAUAUAGAAUUAAUUUGGAAGCAAUCAGGAAUAACAUUACCUUUUGAUGAAAUCUGGGAUGCUUAUAAAUCACUCAUUUCACCACGUUCAUAUUUAGAAAUUCAUAUAAUGACUAAUACAAUUAAUGUUAAAAAUAUACCUUGGGAAAGACCAACAUUAUUUUAA